ACAAUAGUGUGCUUGUGUUAUUUGGUAGAUUAUAUUUUGCGAAGAGAUAAGCAGUUACAUGAGUAAUAAAUGUCUUAAUACGUUCGAAAAAUCAUCUGAAUUAAUAAGCAAUUAAUUAUAAACAGUUAAUUAUUCCUUCACAAAAUAUAAUCUACCAGACAUUUACAUCCCUUUUUUAGAAAGAGAUAUUGCAGAAAUUCUAAAAUUUAUUUUAUAUAAAAGUUUGACUGAAAUUAAACUAGCAUCUAUCUGUCAAAAAAAUAUAUUUGGAUUAUGAUAUUAUUAUAUCAUGAUUAUUCGAUUAAAUUAUGAUUUUUACAUCAUGGUUUGGAUAUUUUUUUAUCUACACACACAAAGAUGUGGCCGGCAAUAGAACAUAACCUCAUUUGACAGUGAAAAUUUGAUUGAGUUUCCGCGUUAAAACAAUGUCAACGUUAAUAUCAAGAUCUUUUGCGUUAUUUAAUAGGACUUCUAAUAAUGUUUCCGCGAAGUUUAGGUAUAUAAAUACAUCGAAAGCAUUAUAUGAACAGUCUGUCCUACCAAAGGAUCCUAAAAAAGUAAAAAAAGGAUCGCCUAUUACAUGGAAGAGUUUGUUAAUUUCCAGCGUAGUUGGUGGUGGCCUUUUGUUAUAUGUGAAUCAUUUGAAAAAUGAGAAAGAUAAGCAUAUAGCACGGGAAAGAAGACGACAGCUAGGCAAAGCUAAAAUUGGUGGAAAAUUUGAAUUAAUAGAUACAGAGGGAAAAACCGUGAAAUCUGAUGAUUUCUUAGGUAAAUGGGUAUUAAUAUAUUUUGGAUUUACACAUUGUCCAGAUGUUUGCCCCGAUGAAAUCGAAAAGAUGACAAAUGUAGUGAAUAGACUUGAAAAAGAAGAAAACUUCAAAAUACAACCAAUUUUCAUAUCGGUUGACCCAGAUAGAGAUACACCCACUGUUGUUGGCAAAUAUCUUAAAGAAUUCUCUAAUAAGAUUAUUGGUCUCACUGGCAAUACUGAACAAGUUGGAAAAGUAUGCAAAGCAUACAGGGUUUAUUAUAGUAAUGGCCCUAAAGAUCAAGAUGAUGACUACAUUGUGGAUCAUACAAUUAUUAUAUACUUGGUUGAUCCAGAAGGCAUGUUCGUUGAUUAUUAUGGACAAACGCAUGAUGUAGACAAGAUUAUGACUAGUAUUCUUGUUAACAAGUUGAAGUAUGAUCAAUUAAACGAGGAGUCUUCUUCUUGGAUGCCAUCAUUGCCGAUCAAGGGAGUGUUAUAAAUAUUGCAACAUUCUUAUGUAUAGUUUUUAUGUUGAUAUUACACUAUAGAAAAAUAUGUGCAUAUAUUAAAAUUACAUAAAAAAUAUA